ACUUCAAUUCAGAAUAAAUAAAACCAUUUAUAAUGUGUAUCUAAUUUUCAAUUCUUUUAUCAUGUAUCUUUCUUUUCCAACAAUCUUUCUCUUCUUUCUGUAUCCAGUGGUAGCAGUAAUUCCUCAAGGCGUCACAAUUAAGGAACCAAAAUGCUGGUACGUGGCAAACCCAGGACCCUGUGAUGAUUUUGUAAAAGUCUGGGGCUACGAUUAUAUGACCAAUCGUUGCAUUUUCUUCUACUAUGGCGGCUGUGGUGGAAAUCCAAAUCGAUUUUACACGAAAGAGGAGUGCUUGAACACCUGCCGGGUGUACAGACCUGCAAAUCGGAAGAAAAGGGAAGGGGACUUUGACGAGGAAGAGGAGGAGGAGGAGUUUGAGGAGGAUAUUGACAACUGGGACAAAUGGGACGAUUGGGACAAGUCGGAGCUAUGAGUAUACCAAUAGAAAGGGUAUUCAGAAGUCGCCAUGGCCAGCACCCAUUGGCUGCAAGUUAACUUUUGAUUCGUUGUGCAAACGCAUAAUUUCAGUUUGAAAGAAAGAAGUUCCCGUCG